UUUAUAGUCCCAGUUAACGGGAUUUAACUGAACUGAAAAAGUCCCAGUUACUGGUCGUAAGUAUGCAAUAGGCAUGCGCCAGAUCAAGACCGCAGAAAACAAUAUGGCAGCGAUGGAUUGUAACGUGGUUGAUGCGCCUCGAGAGAAAUAUGUUAGAAAAGAAGAAGAGAAAAUCAGGAGGAGAAGAAGAGAAAAAUUGAAAAGACUUUCAAAUAAGAUCAAGGAAAUUAUGGAGGAGGAACCUGACAUUCCCAUUAUGUUUUUGUAUACAAUGAAUGGGAAGACGGAGGGACAGGUCUCACCAUGGUUGCGGGACAUAUGUCAUGAUGUUGCGAAGCAAAUGACCUCUGCCAGCAUGGAGCACCAUGCUGAAAUGUUGCUAUCUUCUAAAGAGUAUCGAACACCAACUCCAGAAGAAGACUGGAGGGCUUUGUUGUCAGUAAAUGCAGAAAGUACUCCAGAGUCAGUGCUGCGGAGAUUACUGCCUCUUGUUCUGAGAGGGAUAUUGAAAGCAAAAUGUAUUUGGAAGUGUAAGAAACCAGAGGGCUGGCCUGAUGAUGUGAAUUUCCAGGACCCAAAUAGAACCAUCAAUAAUCACAAAAUAUCAGCAGAAGAAUUGCGACGGGUGUUCAUUUGUUUGCAGACAUCACAUAAUAUAGACAUUGAGCAAGGGAAUGGAGAGAAUCCAGAGGAUGCCUCUGUCUACUUAGAAAAGGAGAACCUUUCAACAUACACCAUUGAAAGACUUCUGAACAAAGUAACAUUUGAAUUUCAUAAUUUAUAGUGAAUUUAUGGGAAUGCAAUUUGUUAAUAUUGAAUAUAUGAUUUGAUUGAUUAAUUAUAUGAUAAAGUUAGAUUUAAAAUGAAAAGUUUGAUAUGCAUAUACGUCUUUGACCUACACUGUAGGGGAAGUUCAGUGACGUUCAGGCGAAAUUGUUAAAGAGCAAUGCACCUGAUGUAGUUGCAUCCAUUGUCACAACACAUUACACCACUAAAAUGGUGAGGGAAGGCUUUUCAUCCCCCAAAACCUUUCCAUUGACUUUGGUUCAACCCAGGUAUAUAUACCAAGUGAAUUUUAUAUGCAGCUAUUGAGUGUGCAUUAAUACUGGUUGUUGUAUU